UUAGAUUAUGACGGAAAUGGCGACAGAUAAGCUAAAAUAUAGUUUAAAAUUUUCUAUUACUAAUAGUAUAUUUUAUAUUCAUUUUAAAAUGUAACAAGCAUCAACUGUGUCGUUUAAAAUAAGAUCAGUUACUGCAUAAUUUCAAUCUUAGCUUAUUGUUAUAUUCCGCGAUAUCCAUGUGCAUAUGUUUGCAUAAAUAUUACCUACUAAAGAUUGUGUUAUAUAGUUCAAAUGAGAGAGUUUUGGUCGAGUUAUAGAGUAAAUUCACAAAAAUGUUCAAAUGUCUAAAAGACAUAAAUGUGAGACGUGGAAAAAUAGGUGCUGUUGUUAUAUUUAUUUUAUAUGUGUAUUUUUUCGAAAAUAUUAGCGAAUCAAAAUCUUUACUCCUAUCGUGGGCUCAUUUCGAAGAUAUUUCAUGUCAUUAUUCAGUGAAUGAGGAUGUGUUACCUUCAGCGGACGGUAAUUAUUUCUCGCCGUCGUACAAAAGUAUUUUCUUCCUGGAGACGUCGUGUCGACGUAACUUGACAUCGAGAGAGUUGUGCGCCAUUGAGUCAGCGGCGCGCGCGCAUCCCGACUACCAAAUCAACGUGAUGUUCACCGCUCCCAUCUCCGAUGAGAUUCUCAAACAUAUUGGCCUCAGAAAAAAAUUCAAGAAUGUACGAUUUUCAAGAAUACAUAUAGAAGAAUACUCUAAGAACACUCCAGCGGAAGCGGUCGUUAGUAGCGGCGCCUUGAAUAAAUCACAUUGGGGAGUUGAGCAUACGUCGGAUUUGUUAAGAUAUUUAACUUUGUACAAAUGGGGUGGUAUUUAUUUAGAUAUGGAUGUGGUGGUCGCGAAACGUUUGGACACAUUGGCCGCGAACUGGGUGGCCAGAGAGUGCGAUACGCUCGUAAGCGCCGGAGCAUUUACCUUCUCCGCGGACAGCGUCGGUAGAAGUAUUGCGAAAGAUGCGAUAAGUGAAAUCCAAAGGGAUUUCCGAUACGACUUGUGGAGCUACAACGGGCCGGGAGUCCUUACUAGAGUCUUAAAGGCGAGAUGCAACACCACUGACGUCACACGCAUGAAUACUACCAUAUGUCAAGGAUUCGAAGUAUACGGUCCGGAACUUUUUUACCCGAUUAAAUGGGAAAAUAGCAAUGAAUAUUUCAAGGCGAGAAUACUCGAGAACAAAGAUGCAUACGUUUACCACGUGUGGAAUCAUUUGACGAAGAAUCGUACGCCAGACAAAGACUCUCCUUACGCUCAUCUCGCUAGAACAUUCUGUCCAUCGACUUACACACUAUAUGGCGAUAGAUUUGGAUUAUAAAGUUUGUUAAGGAACAUUAAAUCAACCAUUGGAGGUCAACUAACCACUAAAAACGCUAUAAUAUUAUCCUCAAAUAUCCUUUAGUGGUUAGGUAACAAUCAAUAUCUUGAACACAAGAAAUCCAUCGCCUUCCUCCCCAUCCUACUCCCGUAAGCCCCGUUCUUACCUUAACUGAUUAAACGUAGUCGUCGAAUCUGUGAAUGCGAUUCCAAAAAAAUAGUGACACUCAAGUGCACCAGUUAUAGCUUCAAACUAAUAACAAACAAGAAAUAACCGAGAAUAAUUAGUGCUCGCAGGGGUUUUUUUGCCAGUCCAGUGUUGUGAAUAUUUGUGCUUAAGCGUGAAAAGUGCAGAAGUUACCCGAGACCAACAUUUCUAUUUUGCAAGUCAUCACGUCAAGAAGGGCGUACUACUAAAUAUGUCUACAAUUCGAGAUUCUGGACACGGUAGUCGUGGUGCAGCAACGAUUGCGUCUAUGCGAAACUGAGUGCGCGUCGAACGCUGUGGUUCGAGCCCGAGAAGUUGACUUUUUGUUAAUUUUAGGUUUUAAUUUUUUAUUCUUUGUACGGACAUACGUUUCUUUUAUUUUUAAGUUAUUAAUUUUAGUUCUAUAAUUAAAAGGAGGAAUUCUGUU